CUCGAUUUCUUGUCAGAUGGUUUGUUGUCAAAUAAUAUUUCAUGUUUUCAGAUUAUCUUAUGUUUAAUUGUUGUUAAUUAAACUGGAUUUAUAAAGUUAUUUACAAACUAAUCUCAAUAUGCCUAAUCUGAGGGACUAUGUGGACCGAGCUAGACAUGGUGCUCAAUCCAGAAUGCAAACAAUCGGAGUUUAUAUCACAACCUUUCUUGACUCCUUCAAAACCAGAUCAAAUAGGCCAAGAAGACGCAGUUCAAGAGCUAGAGGACGACAAAAUCAUAUCUUAGGACCACCACAUCUACAAAGAACCCACAAUUAUCAUGAUCAUGGAUCAAAUAGGCAUCACUUAGCUUCAAGUUUCUUUGAUUCCAAUAGAUGCGGAGAAAGAAAUUUAUGGGCUGCAUUGAUGAGUUUACUCGUGAUUGCUACUCUGUCUGCUGCUAUUGCUCAACCUAAAUGGUUUCGUAUCAGAGGUGGACGAUGUGAUCGCGUUUACAUAGGCCUACAAGAAUUUUACAAUGAACCGUUUACUUUCAUCUCACAUAACUACGGUCUAGCUGACAGUGUUGAUAAUGGUAAUUCAUUAAAUCAACAUGAACGACAGAAAAUGAAAUUACCGUACACCAAAAGAGAAGCUGAUAUUUUAUCUAAUAGCCUAUUGAACAAUGGAACUAUUCAUCAACGAAAAGAGAUGAUCAAUCGUGAUUCAUACGGAAAUCUCUAUCCCAGCAUUUCCAUGAGAAGUGGGAGAACCCAUAUCAGCUGUUUAACUCCAGAAAUAGCUGAUUUACAGAAGGCAAUAAUUAUUUUAUGUUUUUCAAGCCUUUUACUCAACUUAUUUCAAUUUUUUCUCGACACAUUGGGUACUAGACGAAAGUAUCUCGAGCUCAUGCGACGUCACGCACUCGCUAAUUUAUUAAGUGUUGUUUCUUGUAUAUUUACCCUUGGUAUUGCUUAUCUAGUUGCGGAUCUUUUAGAAAGAGAACAAAGACGACGAGUCAACAGAACUCAUUUUCUCAGUGCAAUCAGUGAUCAUCCAUCCAACGUAGAGAUCCAUUUUGAAAUCAGCUUUUAUUUGAUCAGUUUAGCGGGUUUGCUCGGACUGAUCGCUGCUGCUUGCAAUCUCCUCGCUAAACCUGAUCCCUACUUUUUCUCAUCUUCACUCCAUUUCUCAUCUCCUCAUGACUCUGAGGCUAAUAAUUUAUUGGGGGAGACAAUCUCAACACGCUGGCAAUCACCGCCACCAGCAACUUUAUCUUCACUUGUUCCAAGCACAAUGACUCCACCUCAUCCUCCACCAUACUCGCCAUAAUAAUGGUACAAAUAAAAUUAACCAUGUUAUAAUUUUUAACUUAUAAGACUGCAAAGUCUUUUAAAUUGUAAAUUUGUAAGUUUCCAUAGACUCGAUAACUCUAAACGUGAUAAUAUCAUUUUUUUCGAUGAGCUGUUUGCUUGUAUUAUGUUUGAUAAUAUCUAGAUCAAUUAAAUGGUUAUUAAAAAAUUAUGAAAACAAA